AUGGUGUGGGCCCCAUAUGAGGCUAAAUACAGUCUCAUGUUAGUGCGAAUACAAAAUAAAUUCACCCGUUACCUCUACAAGAGACUGUAUGGAGUGUAUCCUUUGUAUCCGCUUAUGUACCCGACCCUGUUUGUUCUGGGUAUGGUGGGCUAUGACCAGCUACGCCUCAGAAGAGAGCUAGCCUUGUCGGUGUAUGUAUUUAAGAUACUUACGGGUCGGGUCCAUAAUCUGGACAUAAUGGAGAAACUGAGUCUACGGGUACCAAGUAGAAACCUGAGGCGGAAGUCUCAACUUUUGGAUGUACCGCGCGCACACUCCAACUUGGUUAGCGAAGCACCACUCACGCGAGCAAUAAUUAUAAUAAAUAGGACUUCUGUUGAGGUAGACCUGUUUGUUUGUACACUGGCUGAGUUCACAAGAGUUGCUUCCUAUAUUAUUAGUUAUAAGAUUUAG